GAGGCAACUAUUCUGGAAGCACUGCAUGACUACAUCAAAGACGGUUCACACUCUUUAAUUAUGGAGCGGGGUAGUGGAUACCUCUCAGCUUGUGUAACGUUUAUGUCUGGGAUCAGUGGUAGGACAGAAUCCACUCUACCUGAUAAUAAUUUAAUGGAAGCGGCUUUGGGGAAUUUCGCUAAGUGGCUACAAUACACUAAAAAGGUCUUCACAUUGGGGACACAAAUUAUAUUCAGAUCAGUUAGUGAUCUUAAACCUUGGUCACUGAAUCCAAAGUAUGAUGCUAUUUAUUUGCAUGUACUGGAUAGAAGUAUCAUAUUUCCAGUGGGAGAAGAAUUAAAAGUAGGAGGUCGGAUAGUUUUGUUGGAAGAAUCUGGUGGAGGAGAACAGAAACUGUAUCUGAUGGAUCGCAAAAAUGAGGUUAUGUUUUUCGAAAAACCUCUGAUGAGUUUCAAAAGUGUUGUGCCACGUAGUAUUCAGACUCCAGAAGAAAGUACAGUAGAACCUGGGUAAGAUUUUUUGUCUAUAUGAAAUCGUGGGCUUAUUUCAAAUCACUAUUAGUACUGAAUUCCUAGUUAAGAGUUAUAAACUAUUAGGUUAAUUGUAUGUCGAUUCAUUAAAUUGAAGAAUGUACAUCAUGAUUAAUGCAAGUAUUUAUGCCUAGCUGAAAUGUAGAAGAUGUGAUUGUAUAUAUAAGAAAGGGAAUAUUUCUUGAAUAUGUAUGUGUAAGAUAAGGAGAAAUCUCGCUGUAAUAUAAUGAAGACAUCACGAAACAAUGCACACCAUGUCUUCGAAAACAGUCGGUCUUUUGAAUACAUCUGUAUGGCGUUAAUGAAGAAUGGAUUAUAUAUGAACA